CGAUCUAGUACGUGACAACUCCCUCCUCUCAAACACAUUUACUCACUCACCGCUUUGAAACCCGCUGACAUCAACCCAGAGGCGAAAUAUCAAUGUUUUACAUUGAAAAAUGUUGAUAUUUCAUAUCGCAACCAUACUCAUUCUCGGGUGUCGAGCCGUCCCGCAGCUCCCGGAGUUUGGGGACGUUUGCACCGAGGGCAGCUGCUAUCCCGCUACUGGAGACUUGCUGAUCGGCCGUGCGCACCAGCUGACCGCUUCCUCCACAUGCGGCAUGAAGCGGCCAGAGCGCUUCUGCAUUGUCGGCCACCUGGAGGAUGAGAAGAAAUGUUUUGUGUGUGACUCCAGGAAGAUGUACAAUGAGCGAACGAAUCACACAACCAGCCACACCAUCGAGAACGUGGUCACCACCUUCGCUUACAACCGCCUCAAAACCUGGUGGCAGUCGGAGAAUGGUGUGGAGAACGUGACCAUCCAGUUGAACUUGGAAGCAGAGUUUCAUUUCACUCACCUCAUCAUGACCUUCAAGACAUUCCGCCCAGCGUCCAUGGUCAUCGAACGUUCUAUGGACUUUGGCAAGACAUGGCAGGUGUACCGUUACUAUAGCUACGACUGCGAAGCCUCUUUCCCUGGCGUGUCGCUGGGACCCGUGGUCAAAGUGGACGACGUCAUCUGUGACUCGCGCUAUUCCGACAUUGAGCCGUCCACGGAGGGAGAGGUGAUAUUCCGUGUGCUGGACCCGGCCUUUGAGAUCGCAGACCCCUACAGCACCAGAAUACAGAACAUGCUGAAGAUAACAAACAUACGAGUGAAGUUCACCCAGCUGCACACACUGGGUGACAACCUGCUGGACUCCCGUGAUGAGGUCACCAAGAAGUACUACUACGCUCUCUACGACAUGGUCGUCCGUGGCAACUGCUUCUGCUAUGGCCACGCCUCCAAGUGUGCCCCUGUUGACCGUGCAACUGUGGACUUUGAGGGCAUGGUCCAUGGCCACUGUAUGUGUAACCAUUACACUAAGGGUCUGAACUGUGAGCUCUGUCAGGAUUUCUAUAACGACCAACCCUGGAGACCUGCAGAAGGACGCAACACAAACGCCUGCAAAAAGUGUGAAUGCAACCAGCACUCUGGGAAGUGCCACUUCGACUUGGCAGUGUACACGUCUACAGGGAACGUGACGGGGGGGGUGUGUGAGGACUGUCAGCACAACACCAUGGGCCGUCAGUGUGAACAGUGCCGACCCUUCUACUACCAGCACCCCCACAGGACCCUGAGGGACCCGCGCCUCUGUGAACCGUGUAAUUGUGACCCGGACGGCUCGCUGCAGGGGGGGGUGUGUGACGCGCGGACGGACGUGUCCCUGGGUCUGAUUGCUGGCCAGUGUCGCUGCAAGGCCAGCGUGGAGGGAGAGCGCUGUGACCACUGCAGACAGGGACACUAUGGCUUGGGCCGGGACCCCCAGGGCUGCCUGUCAUGCACCUGUAACCCGAUGGGCACGUUGCCGGGGGGAAACCUAUGUGACAUGGACUCAGGAAACUGCUUCUGCAAGCGCCUCGUCACCGGCAGGAGAUGUGAUCAGUGUCUGCCACAACACUGGGGUCUCAGUAAUCACAUGGACGGCUGUCGAGCAUGCGACUGCGACCAGGGUGGAGCCAUUCACAACGGCUGUAACCCGUUAUCGGGCCAGUGUGUGUGUAGGGACCACAUGUUUGGCCGGCGCUGUGACCAGGUGGAGUCUGGCUUUUACUUCAUAGCUCUGGACCACUACAUCUACGAGGCAGAGGACGCCAAGCACGGACCUGGAGUGACCGUGGUUCCGAGGCCCUACCCUCAGGAUCGCAGCCCCACCUGGACAGGCAUGGGCUUUGUCAAUGUCCCCGAAGGAGCUCACCUGGAGUUCAUCAUCAACAACAUCCCAGAGUCCAUGGACUAUGACCUGCUCAUCCGCUACGAACCGCAGUUGCCCCAGCAGUGGGAGCAGGUGAAUAUGAGGGUGGAACGGCCUGUCUUCAACCCGUCAGACCUCAGCAGUCUGUGUGCUAACUCCAUACCAGGCGGAGACCAGCAGACUGUCUCUCUGCCUCCAGGAUCCAGACAUGUGGUGCUGCCGAGGCCUGUUUGUCUGGAGAAGGGCUACAACUACACCAUGCGUCUGAGUCUACCUCUCUACUCCUCGCUCGGCCAUGUCCAGAGCCCCUACACACUCAUCGACUCUUUGGUGCUCAUGCCGCGGGUGCGGGAGCUGGACAUGUUUGAGGGCAGCCAGGGGGAGGGAGCGUGGGACACGUUCCAGAGGUACCGCUGUCUGGAGAACAGCCAGAGCGUCAUCAAGAGCCCCAUGACCGACAUCUGCAAUGACUACAUGUUUAGCGUGUCUGCCCUGCUGCACCAGGGAGCCAUGGCGUGCCAGUGUGACCCCCAGGGUGCCCUCAGUGCUGUGUGUGAGCCCAGCGGCGGCCAGUGUCGCUGUCGCCCCAACGUGGUGGGCAGGAACUGUGACCACUGUGCCCCUGCCACCUACCUGUUCAGCCCAGCAGGCUGCAGAGCCUGUGGCUGUGAUGCCCAGGGAUCGGUCCAUGCCUUCUGCCAGGAGGCCUCAGGUCAGUGUGAGUGUGUGCCCGGGGCCACAGGGCGGCAUUGUGCCCACUGCCAGCCAGGCUUCUGGGGAUUCCCACAUUGCCGGCCCUGCCACUGCAACGGGCACAGCGAGUACUGCCACCCCCAGACUGGAGACUGCCAGGACUGCAGAGACUCCACCACCGGGCACAACUGUGAGAGGUGUCUGAGUGGUUACCACGGUGACCCGGUCCUGGGUGCUGGUGGGAAGUGUCGCGCGUGCAUGUGCCCCGAUGGGCCAGGGAGCGGACGGCAGUUUGCAGAAGGAUGUUACCAUGAGCUCCCCUCCCAGCAGCUGGUGUGUGCCUGCAGCCCAGGAUACAGAGGACCCAGGUGUAACGAGUGUGCCCCGGGUUACUACGGUAACCCCCAGGUGCCCGGGGGGCGCUGUCUGCCGUGCCAGUGUAGCAGCAACAUCGACAUGCACGACCCGGGCUCCUGCGACGCUCGGACGGGCGCCUGCCUCAGAUGCCUGUACUACACAGAGGGCUCCAACUGCCAUCGCUGCAAAGCCGGUUACCACGGCAACGCAGCCACCCAGAGCUGCAGAAGGUGUAUGUGCUUCGCUGUAGGUACGGCAUCGCAGGCCUGCCCUGCUCCGGACGAGUGUCACUGUGACCUCCAGAGUGGCCAGUGCCCCUGCCAGCCCAACGUGGUGGGUAAGAGCUGUGACCACUGUGCUCCUGACACCUGGAACAUAGCCAGCGGAGCCGGCUGCCACGCCUGCGACUGUCACCCCGCCCACUCCUUCAGCUCCUCCUGCAAUGAGGUGACAGGGCAGUGCUCAUGCAGGCCUGGGUUCGGAGGCAGGACAUGUAGGGAGUGCAGAGAACUGUUCUGGGGAGAGCCAAAGGUCAAAUGUCAUGCGUGUGACUGCGACCCGCGGGGCAUCGCCAGGGAGCAGUGCCACAAGACCACGGGGCAGUGUGCGUGCGUGGAGGGCGUGGCGGGCCCCAGGUGUGACCAGUGCGCCCGCGGCUUCCAGGGGGAGUUCCCGGCCUGCGAGCGCUGCCACCAGUGCUUCGCCGAGUGGGACCGCGUGGUGGGGGAACUGACCAAUCAGACGCGGCGACUAGAUGAGCACGUGAGCGAGCUCCUGACCACUGGGGUGACGGCGCCCUACAAGGAGACGGUGGGCAGCCUGGAGAGCAGUGCCAAGGCUGUCAGAGGUCUGCUGGAAAACAACCCUGCCUGGCAACUGCAGGAGGAGAUACAGCAGCUGAUGCUACGGACCACGUCGCUGGUGGCAGACUUGAACGAGAGGCUGAACACGACAGAGGACACCCUCUCACAUCUCCACGGCGAUGCCAACCAGACCGCCGCCAGUCUGGACGCCCUGAGGCAGGGGGCCGAGGACCUGGAGCGCUCCGUCAGAGAGAUCCGGCAGGAGGUGGACAACGUGAAGAACUCCAACAUCCAGGGAGCGAUGGACAGCAUCACCACCGCCCACCUGGAGUCUCGCAUGGCGGAGCACCGGGCCAACGUCUCCACCACUAACCCUGGCAACACAGUGGAGGAGUCCGCAAAACUACGGCGCGCCACAGAGGACAAACUGAGCAAGAGCCAGAAGGAGUUUGACCGGAAACAGCAGAGGCACACGCAGAAACUGGAGAAGCUGACCAAAGAGCUGGAUGCUUUCGACCUAUCGGGGCUCAGCAAGCAGACGUGCGGCGCUGAGGGGGGUGAGGAGGGGUGCGAUGGGUCCCCCUGUGGAGGGCUGGGGUGCGCAGGGGAGGACGGCACACACCACUGUGGGGGCGAGGGCUGUGAGGGCCUGGUCACAAAGUCACAAACCGCCCUGAAAUCCUCCAAGGAGUUGGAUCAGGAAAUCCUCACUGCCAUGCAGGAAGUGGACAAGCUCUCCAGGAUGGUGUGGGAGGCGAAGGUGCGUGCAGACCAAGCCAAGCUCACGGCUCAGGAGGUGCUGCUCAAGUCCAACCAGAGCAGAGAGAGAGUGGAGCAGAGCAACCAGCAGCUGCGCCACCUCAUAAAGGAUAUACGAGACCUCCUCACCAACGAGCGGGCAGACGUGUCUGUGAUUGAGGCGGUCGCCAAUGAGGUGUUGGCGCUGGACAUGCCCACCUCGCCGGCCCAGCUGCAGGAGCUGACCAAUGAGAUCAAGGAGAAGGUGGGCACCCUGACCAGUGUGGAGUCCGUCCUCAUUCAGAGUGCCAAGGACAUCCAGACAGCAGAGACCCUACUGCAGCAGGCCCGCACUGCCAGCCAGGAGGCGUCUGAUAUGAAGGAGACAGCUGAUUUAGUGAAGGAAGCCCUGGAGAAGACCGAGCAUGCCCAGAACGCUGCCGUCGACGCCAUCAAACAGGCCAGCAACAACACCAAGGGAACGCUCGACCUUCUGACGUCCGUGGAGUCGGAGACGGCAGACUCGGAGCUGAAGCUGAGUAACACCACGCUGCGCCUGCUGCAGCUGGAGAGAGACGUGUCUCUGCUGAGAGAGAGCAGCCUGGAGAGCGGCCACAAAGCUGAACAAACCCAGACCAUCACUGACCUGGCCAAGCAAGAGGCAGACCAGGCCCAGCAGGAGUUUGAGUCAGAGGUGAAGGAUAAGUACAUCGUAGUGGAGGAGUUGGUGGGGGACAAGGCAGAAGGCGUGUCUGACGCCAGGAAGAGGGCAGAGGAACUUCAGGAAGAGGCCAAAGAGCUGCUGUCCCAGACCAGCGACAAGCUCCAGAGACUGCGAGAGCUGGAGAGAUCUUAUGAGGACAACCAGCUUCUUCUGGAGUCCAAGGCAGAGCAGCUGGCCGUGCUGGAGAGCAACGCUCGUCAGCUGCUCACAGACAUCAGCAUGAAGGUCACCGUGUACAGCACCUGCCUUUAGCCAGCCACGCCCACACACACACACACACCACAGCAGCGGUCAGGGAGCAGCACAGCUGAAGACAACUAAAGAUGAAAACCACUUCAAGAACCAUGAAACUUUAGUAUUCUGUGCUAUGAACCAAAUAUUCCAUACAGAACUGAUCCUAUAAGUGAUCAACACCUUUAAAGCAAUAUAAGCUAUCAUUGCAAGUCAUAUGUGAAUUUAAAACCACUUGACUGCACAGGAAAUACCAGCCAUUAUGUGGGAAGCAAAAAUACAAUAUUUAUAAAGAUACUUAAAGUUUCCCGUAGAAAUUACACAUAUGUUGACCCUAAUUUGUUGCUGUAAGUUAACAUUUUAUUAAAAACGACUGCAUCAGAAACACUUUUCACCUUUUUUUGUGAAGAAAAAUAUAUGUAUCACAGAACAACCACUAGGUGGCAGCAUAUACCAUGAAUUGGCACUGGUGAUGUAUGGGCAGAUGGCCUUGCUGUUUGGUGAUACAGUACCAGGCCACGUGCCACCCUUGUGGAGAUGACCACAGGCUGGCAGAAGCAGGGCACUCGAAGACGCAGUGGACCAAAGCACAGUUUGAAUAAUGAAGUUGGCGUUGGCAGGAUCCGGAUAAAACAUUAAUGUCAAACAAAACAGCUUGAGCAUGAACUACAGGGCCCUCUGUGUGCUACUAAACACUCCCAUAGUACAUGCUGCUGAUGUGUGUCUUGUGAAUAAGUUAUUAGUCCCUGUUUCACUGCUUGAAUGCUUGGGACAAACUAGGGACAUAAAAAGUCUCAAUGCCAGAUUGAGAUAUAUAACUCAUUUACUCACAAAAUCUUGAUUCUAUGUUUACGUGUAUAUUCUAUAUCCACACAUGAUGAGGUAUUCCACUGUGUCAUAACUCAAACUUUAAAACACAGUAGGUCCUCUUGUACAAGAUCCUGAAAUAAAUACAUCCUAUUCAUGAGCA